AACCGUGAAAAUCACAAACAAAGUCGGCUCAAUGUGUACUUUCCUGGCCAACAAUAAUUAUUAUUGCUAGUUUGCUUAAUAAAUUUGAUACCGCGGUUCUUCGAUUCAUAUCCAUAAUAUUCGUUACGUAAAGUGUGUUUGCAAAUCGAAAACAAGCUACAGAAGUUCAGUGCAAAAUCACUCGAGGCGCCGGGUCGAGUCCAGUGGCGGUGGUGGUUUCUUACAACAUGGCAAACGAUCGGGAGAUCCUGCGCGAAAUCUGGGAAGGUAAAAUCCCGGUCCACUUCGAACUGUCGACGGACGAGACGGACGUCGAGCCGGAGGAGUUUUUCCUGCUGAUUCCGCGCUUGAGCUACUUCCCGCUGGUGACGGACAAGGUCCGGAAGCAUUUUCUUCGGUUCGUCUCCAACGAGCUCCAGGAUGGCGAAAUGUGGAUGGACAGCAACGGAACUCCUCUCAAGUGGCACUAUCCGAUUGGUGUCCUGUUCGAUCUUCUAGUCGGUGGCGAAGCCAUUCUGCCGUGGCACAUCACGGUGCACUUUUCCAAAUUUCCGGAAGAGGUGCUUUUCCGGUGUCCGAAUAGGGACAUCGUUGAGGCACACUUUAUGUCCGGGCUCAAAGAGGCGGACGUGCUGAAGCAUCGAGGCCAGGUGGUUUCGGCUAUGCAGAAGAAAGACCACAAUCAGUUGUGGUUGGGUUUAGUUAAUGAUAAGUUUGACCAGUUCUGGGCCGUCAACCGUAGGCUGAUGGAACCCAUUCCGGACCAGGACGGUUUCAAGCACAUUCCAGUUCGGUGUUACGCCGAGGACGGUUCCUACCAGCAGAAGCUAGUCGUCCCGAGCACGGCGUCGGGUCAGAAACGCAUCCUCCAGGAUCUGCUGGAGGACUUUUCGACACCUGUCCGGAAAGCAGUGGAGGCACGAACGCAUGGUGUCACGGUUCCGGAAACGACUCCACUGCAGUGGCUGUCCGAACACCUCAGCUAUCCGGACAAUUUCCUGCAUCUUUGUGUAAUCUACGCUUGAGGUGGCGAUGCCUGAUCCCGUUUGCUAAUUUAGUGGAACUGGACAGUUCGCUAAGAAAAAAAAGGGCGUAAGUGUUCUCUAUGCAAUGUUUCCAUUUCGCUUAGCUUUUGAUUUUUGAUCAACGGCGAACAAUUAUUAUUCGCUUGCAUAAGUAUAUCCGUAAACAAAGGUACACAGUAAGAAUAUGUACACCUAAGGAGUGGAGAGGAUACUUCGUCGUCUAAAUUGUAGCCUGUUCUCUAUAACCUAUAUCUCUGCCCCUAACCUUUGAAUUGACUCUAACUACGUAAGUCGAUUGACAAUGAA